GCAAUGCCUGUCAAAGCUCAACAGCAAAUCACUGGAGCCAUCGUUAGCGUACGAAAUAAUCGUGCCAGUCGUCGAGUUUCGAAAUUGAAAGGUGCAGGGGAUGGGAAGGGUUCCCCGCUGGUGAACUGUCUCAAGCCACAUCAUGCUCGCCAGCCCCACGAUCAUUUACGUCAUAUCGCGUUGAAGUGCAGAGAAGCAGGUAUUUCGUUAGAGAGAUGCGUAUAUCUUUCUUAGCUCGGACGAGCUGUUUUGAAGGGUGAAAUCAUCGCUUUUUGUGCCGCUCCAGCCAUCACUCUAGAACCAAUUAUUUGAGAUACUUCCUGAAGAGAACUAGUCAGAAUGGAGGGAAUGAAAUCGAUGAAGAAGAAGAGUGAUAGUUAUUAUGACAAGGCGUGGAGGUGGGUUGAGGAUACGUACUUAAAGUACUUUGGGGAGAAUAGGACAAGCUAUGGUGUCAAAGACACUUUGAGAAAGGGAGAAGUCUCUGGAAACAAGGACAUUGAUAGGGCUCAGCGAGAGAUUGGGGAGGCAGUAGGGGGUCAAUUCGGGAAAGGGGGCGUUGGCGAAAGUGUCGGGAGUAAUGUUGACAAGAGCUUUCUGAGGGGGAACGUUUGAAUACUUCCCGAGAGUUCUUGAGUUUUUCUUAGACUCUGAUACCCUGCGAGAUUGUUCUGGCCGUUGUUCAUUACAUUAACACUCUCAAAUCUAUCCCAAACUAUACUCAAGAAAGUACCAGCUAUGCAGCGUUGACGAAAUU